UACUCCUGUGAUCCUAAAGAUCAUAUUGACUGAUGGCAGCUCUCAGAGGUUGACACUCUCACAUGGACUCCCUGAAACAGUUGAUGACCUUAUUGUUGAAGUAAAGAGACAAUGUGGACUUCAGGGCAACUUAAAACUUCAAUUCAUGGACUCCUUGUUUGGAAACGAGUUUCUCAACUUAACCUCAAUGUCAGAGGUGGACGACAGAGGCACUCUUAGAGUUAUUGAUAUGUCGGCCCACCACUAUGCAACAUGAUGAUAACUCUACUGUGCUUAAUUCAGUCCUACACCUCCAAGCAUCAAGUCCUUGCUCAACAACUGGCUCUUCAUCACGGCCAGGUGAACUUGUGGAUACAGACAUACUGUCAUCAAGUGAGUCUACAAGCUCACGGUCCUCCUGUCCAGCUGUGUUUCAUGUACCUAAGUUCUCCUAUGACACAGAGUUAAAACUUCAGCAGGCAGGUUUAGUUUACAUUCAAAAUGGCACUGCACUUAUUCCAGAUCCCAAGUUGAAGUCAGCUAUUCUUGUUGGAUUAGUGCAGCAAAUUGUGCAGUAUAAAGUGUAUGUCACUGAUAAGGAGAUGGAACAGGUAGCCCAGAGUCUCAUCAAGAGACAUGCAUGUUUAACUGAGAAGGGCUCCAGCACUGGAUGUGGUGGAUGGAAAAUGAGUUUAAAAUAUAAACUGUCUAACUAUCGCACACAUCUGAGAAAACUUGGAUGCCCAGAAGUGACGGUGAACUCCAUAAAAAACAAACCUGCUGGAAAGCACAGUGCAGCUUUUGGCAUCAAAAAGGCAAAGAGAGCAGAAGUUAAUUUUUGCCCAACAUACCCAUCAGCAGAAACUGAGGAGAGUCUAGAAGCCAUGCGGAAAGCUUUACUCUUGGAUGUAAGGAAGAGGAACAACCGAGAGGUUGUCAAGCUCAACAUGGAAAAGACUUUCGCAUUGAGAAAGACAUGAGGUUGUUCGUGAUGCACCGAUGGUGGAUGAUUUCAUGGCGAGAUGGCCUGCUUUGUUUGAAGUCAGUGAGAUCAACGCUGAAUUCAAGAGAAUCACGACUGUACCACUUCAGUCCAAGUUCUUUUCUCAGGUGGACCUCCACACUGACAACUUGACAAGGCUGUUCCAGAAGAGAGGAGGACAGCUAGGUGAACGGCUCAAAAGAAUCACUGCACAAAUUGCCAAUUGUGAUGAUGUAGAUGCUGGACGAGAGUGCAUCAUUAAAGGAGUCUGUGUCUACAUGGGCGAAGAUCCAGAUAACCUCCUACAGGAAUAUGUGAGCCUGGAUCAGAACACGAUCAACAAGGCCAUUGAAGACACUACAGUUGGUAUAUAUGUUGUCAAAGAACAUGCUUCAAGUGAUGAAGCAGAGGACAUUGGCAUUGUUCUUGAAGGCAUCAAGGUGUUACAAAACCUUGAUAAUGUAGCAUUAGGUGUUGCUGUUUUAUUUGGAUUGAUGUAUGCGCUGAACCUCAGCUAUCCUGCUGACCUCCGCUACACUUUUGAGGUAAUUCAAAAGAUCUGGAUGGAACUGGAUCGAGGGAAACUUUCCAACAGAGCACUUGCUCUGAAAAACAGGCUCCAUCAGUGAACAGUUCAGACUGGAUUGACUGAUUUUGCACAGGAAAAAGCAGUGAUAUUUAACUAAAUUCUGUCGCAACUGAUGCUUUUAGUCUGAGAACUAAGGAGCUACAUCAGACUCACGUCAGACAAGUCCAAGAUACAGGUACAAGUUGUUUUGGAGUGAAAAAGGAAUGUGACUUCACACAAAAUCUGUCACAUUUUCAUGUCAUCUUUGGCUAUCCACCUGAUCUUGCCCGUGAUGUUUUUGAGGGUAUAAUCCCAGUGGAGCUUGCUUGUUGCUUAACAGUGCUUAUUUCCAGAAAGUAUUUUACAUUAGUUGACCUGAACAAUGCCAUUCUGAAGUUUCCCUACAAAUGGGCUGACAGGACAAACAAACCUCAUGCAGUGUCACAAAGUUUCUCCAGCAGGAAAACAGUGGGGGGAAAUGCUUGGAGCUUGCUCCGGUUCUUACCUUUUUUGGUUGGAUCACUUGUACCUGAAGAUGAGCCUGCGUCGCUUGUUCUCAUGGACCUGAAGGACAUCACAGAGCUUGUUGUUGCCCCUGUGCAUAGUGAUGACUCGCUGGCUUUUUUGGAAAGUAAAAUUGUAGAGCACAGGCAGAGAUACCAAGCGUUGUUCCCAGACAUCAAGCUGCUACCAAAACACCAUUAUUUGGAGCACUACCCCCAGAUGA